AUGCUGUUGGGGUUUGGAUCGGAGCUUCAAGUGGUUCAUGAUUUGUCUCCAGGCAUGGAUUUAACACAAGGGAUAGGAGAACAAAGAGCAAGAAUAGGAACACGUUCAUCAGGAACAGGAACACGUUCAUCAGGAACAGGAAUACGUUCAUCAGGAACAGGAAUACGUUCACCAGGAACAGUAACACGUUCAUCAGGAACAGGAACACGUUCACCAGCAACAGGAACACGUUCAUCAGGAACAGUAACACGUUCAUCAGGAACAGUAACACGUUCACCAGGAACAGGAACACGUUCAUCAGGAACAGUAACACGUUCACCAGGAACAGUAACACGUUCACCAGCAACAGGAACACGUUCAUCAGGAACAGUAACACGUUCACCAGGAACAGAAACACGUUCAUCAGGAACAGUAACACGUUCACCAGGAACAGUAACACGUUCACCAGCAACAGGAACACGUUCACCAGGAACACGUUCACCAGCAACAGGAACACGUUCAUCAGGAACAGUAACACGUUCAUCAGGAACAGUAACACGUUCACCAGGAACAGGAACACGUUCAUCAGGAACAGUAACACGUUCACCAGGAACAGUAACACGUUCAUCAGGAACAGGAACACGUUCACCAGCAACAGGAACACUUUCAUCAGGAACAGUAACACGUUCACCAGGAACAGAAACACGUUCACCAGCAACAGGAACACGUUCACCAGCAACAGGAACACGUUCACCAGCAACAGGAACACAUUCACCAGCAACAGGAACACGUUCACCAGCAACAGGAACACGUUCACCAGCAACAGGAACACGUUCACCAGCAACAGGAACACGUUCACCAGCAACAGGAACACAUUCACCAGAAACAGGAACACGUUCACCAGGAACAGGAACACGUUCACCAGCAACAGGAACACGUUCACCAGCAACAGGAACACGUUCACCAGCAACAGGAACACGUUCACCAGCAACAGGAACACGUUCACCAGCAACAGGAACACGUUCACCAGCAACAGGAACACGUUCACCAGCAACAAGAACACGUUCACCAGCAACAGGAACACGUUCACAGCAACAGGAACACGUUCACCAGCAACAGGAACACGUUCACCAGCAACAGGAACACGUUCACCAGCAACAGGAACACGUUCACCAGCAACAGGAACACGUUCACCGGCAACAGGAACACGUUCACCGGCAAAAGGAACACGUUCACCAGCAACAGGAACACGUUCAACAGGAACACGUUCACCAGCAACAGGAACACGUUCACCAGCAACAGGAACACGUUCACCAGCAACGGUUCAAACAGCAACAACAGUUCACCAACAGGAACACGUUCACCAGCAACAGGAACACGUUCACCAGCAACAGGAACACGUUCACCAGCAACAGGAACACGUUCACCAGCAACAGGAACACGUUCACAGCAACAGGAACACGUUCACCAGCAACAGGAACACGUUCACCAGCAACAACACGUUCACCAGCAACAACACGUUCACCAGCAACAGGAACACGUUCACCAGCAACAGGAACACGUUCACAGCAACAGGAACACGUUCACCAGCAAACAGGAAACACGUUCACCAGCAACAGGAACACGUUCACCAGCAACAGGAACACGUUCACCAGCAACAGGAAACACGUUCACCAGCAACAGGAACACGUUCACCAGCAACAGGAACACGUUCACAGCAACAGGAACACGUUCACCAGCAACAGGAACACGUUCACCAGCAACAGGAACACGUUCACCAGCAACAGGAACACGUUCACCAGCAACAGGAACACGUUCACCAGCAACAGGAACACGUUCACCAGCAACAGGAACACGUUCACCAGCAACAGGAACACGUUCACCAGCAACAGGAACACGUUCACCAGCAACAGGGAACACGUUCACCAGCAACAGGAACACGUUCACCAGCAACAGGAACACGUUCACCAGCAACAGGAACACGUUCACCAGCAACAGGAACACGUUCACCGGCAACAGGAACACGUUCACCAGCAACAGGAACACGUUCACCAGCAACAGGAACACGUUCACCAGCAACAGGAACACGUUCACCAGCAACAGGAACACGUUCACCAGCAACAGGAACACGUUCACCAGCAACAGGAACACGUUCACCAGCAACAGGAACACGUUCACCAGCAACAGGAACACGUUCACCAGCAACAGGAACACGUUCACCAGGAACAGGAACACGUUCACCAGCAACAGGAACACGUUCACCAGCAAACAGGAACACGUUCACCAGCAACAGGAACACGUUCACCAGCAACAGGCAACAGGACGUCACCAGCAACAGGAAACACGUUCACCAGCAACAGGAACACGUUCACCAGCAACAGGAACCGUUCACCAGCAACAGGAACACGUUCACCAGCAACAAGAACACGUUCACCAGCAACAGGAACACGUUCACCAGCAACAGGAACACGUUCACCAGCAACAGGAACACGUUCAACAGCAACAGGACACCGUUUCAUCAGCAACAGGAACACGGUCACCAGCAACAGGAACACGUUCAUCAGCAACAGGAACACGUUCACCAGCAACAGGACACGUUCACCAGCAACAGGAACACGUUCAACCAGCAACAGGAACACGUUCACCAGCAACAGGAACACGUUCAUAGCAACAGGAACACGUUCACCAGCAACAGGACACGUUCACCAGCAACAGGAACACGUUCACCAGCAACAGGAACACGUUCACCAGCAACAGGAACACGUUCACCAGCAACAGGAACACGUUCACCAGCAACAGGAACACGUUCACCAGCAACAGGAACACGUUCACCAGCAAAAGAACACCGUUUCAUCAGCAACAGGAACACGGUCACCAGCAACAGGAACACGUUCAGCAACAGCAACAGGAACACGUUCACCAGCAACAGGAACACGUUCACCAGCAACAGGAACAC